AUGAACGAGGUGGGAGGACCCGGCUGGGUGCUGUGGAUGGGAAACGGGCCCUGUGAAAGCUGUGGGCAGAGGCCGAGCGGUGUGGCAGGGCUGCAGGGUGGAGGACUGUCCCCUGAAGGUUGGUACUGGAUGCUGCCACAUGGGAAGACAUGCUUGUCCUGCCAGGGCCCAUGGGGAUCCACUCUCAGUCAUCCAAGGACAGCCCUUGUCUUGCCUCUUCUGUCUGUGGUGCUUCGGGGUGCCCUCCUGUGUGCUGGCUCCUUCCCCGAUCUGGCCCUCGGGGCAGGGACCUUCACCCUGGGGGUGCUGGGUCCCUGGGACUGUGACCCCAUCUUCGCCAGGGCCCUCCCCAGUGUGGCAGCCCAGCUGGCUGUGGACAGAGUCAACCAGGACUCCUCACUGGUGCUGGGCUCGAGGCUGGCUUCCGUGGUCCUUGCCACGGGCUGUGAUACUCCUCAUGCUCUGGCCACGUUCCUGGCCCACAAGCAUACCGUGGCUGCUUUUGUGGGCCCUGUCAAUCCUGGUUACUGCCAAGCGGCAGCCCUGCUGGCCCAAGGCUGGGGCAAGACCCUCUUCUCCUGGGCUUGCGGAGCUCCAGAAGGAGGAAGUGAGCUGGUGGCCACCUUGCCUUCGGCUGCCCACGUGCUGCUGUCUAUCAUGAGACACUUUGGCUGGGCUCGCGUGGCCAUCGUGUCCUCCCACCAGGAUAUCUGGGUGGCCACAGCCCGGCAGGUGGCCAUGACUCUGAGGACACAUGGGCUGCCUGUGGGGCUGGUGACCUCUCUAGGACCUGGGGAGCAGGGGGCCACAGAGGUCCUGGAGCAGCUCUGCAGUGUGGAUGGCCUGAAAAUGGUGGUGCUGUGCAUGCACUCGGCGCUCCUGGGCGGCUUGGAGCAGACGGCCCUGCUGAGCGGAGCGCGGGCCCAGGGCCUGGCGGAUGGGAGGCUGGUCUUCCUGCCCUAUGAUACCCUGCUCUUCGCCUUGCCCUACCGCAACCGCUCCUACCUGGCCCUGGGCGACAGCGGGCCCCUGCGGGAGGUCUACGACGCAGUGCUCACCGUCAGCCUGGAGUCCGGUCCCGUGGACGAGGCCUUGGAAGCUGCCAGGGCCAGUGGCGAGGUGGCCGUCCAUUUGGAGCCAGAGCAGGUGUCCCCGCUCUUUGGGACCAUCUAUGAUGCUGUUGUCCUGCUGGCCCAUGCCCUGAACCACUCUGAGAGCCAAGGGGCAGGGCUCUCGGGGGCCCACUUGGGGGACCAUACAGGAGCUCUGAACGUGGCUGGCUUUAGCCAGAGGAUCCGGACCAAUGAGAAGGGCAGGAGAUUGGCUCAGUACGUCAUUUUGGACACAGAUGGUCGGGGAAGCCAGCUGGUCCCCACCCACAUUCUGGACACAGGCACGUGGCAAGUGCAGCCCCUGGACAGGGCCAUACACUUUCCAGGAGGGGCCCCUCCAGCACGUGACUCCAGCUGCUGGUUUGACCCCAAUAUGCUAUGCAUGAGAGAUGCCCAGCUCCCAGGCAGCUUCCUCGCUUUUGCCCUGGUCUGUGUCCUGGUGCUGGCUGGCGGGACCCUCACUUGCCUCGUCAGAUUUGGCAUCCAACAGCUGCAGCUGGUGCGGGGCCCCCACCGAAUCCUGCUGACAACCCAGGAGCUCACCUUCAUCCAUCGGCCACCAAGCAGAAGGAGGCUGCCCAUGGACAGUGUGAGCGAAUCAAGGAGUGUGGCGGAUGCAGGGAGCCUGAGGUCGGUUGCCCAGGGGUCAGCAAGGAGCCUACCAGCCCCACAAGAGCCUACCAAUGUGGCCCUGUACCAGGGGGAGUGGGUGUGGCUGAAGAGGUUUGAAGUGGGCACCGCCCCUGAGUUGCGGCCCGGCUGCCUCAGCCUCCUGAGAAAGAUGCGGGAGAUGCGGCAUGAGAAUGUUGCUGCCUGCAUAGGCUUCUUUGUGGCCCCUGGGGUCAGUGCUCUAGUGCUGGAGCACUGUUCCCGGGGCAGCCUGGAGGACCUGCUAAGGAAUGAAGCUCUGCGGCUCGACUGGACCUUCAAAGCCUCUCUGCUGCUGGAUUUGAUCCGUGGCAUGCGGUAUCUACACCAUCGACAUUUCCCUCACGGACGCCUCAAGUCCCGAAACUGUGUGGUGGAUGGACGCUUUGUUCUCAAGGUCACCGACCAUGGUUAUGCAGAGCUCCUGGACGCUCAGCGGGCUCCUCACCCCCAGCCAGCCCCAGAAGAGCUGCUGUGGACAGCUCCAGAGCUGCUGCGGAGGCCUGGGGCGCCCGGACGGGGCACCUUCAAAGCAGAUGUCUUCAGCAUCGGCAUUGUCCUGCAGGAGGUGCUGACUCGAGGCCCGCCCUACUGCUCCUCAGGACUCUCUGCAGAAGAAAUCAUCAGGAAAGUGACGUCGCCCCCUCCCCUGUGCCGGCCCCUGGUGUCUCCUGACCACGGGCCCCCCGAGUGUAUCCAGCUGAUGGAGCAGUGCUGGGAGGAGGCUCCCGAGGACAGACCCAGUCUAGACCAGAUCUACACCCAGUUCAAAAGCAUCAAUCAAGGCAAAAAGACCAGUGUUGCUGACUCUAUGCUGUGGAUGCUGGAGAAGUAUUCCCAGAACCUGGAGGACCUGAUCCAGGAGCGGACUGAGGAACUGGAGCUGGAGAGGCAGAAGACGGAGAGGCUGCUCUCUCAGAUGCUCCCUCCGUCUGUGGCUGGAGCUCUGAAAAUGGGGGCAACUGUGGAGCCAGAGUACUUUGACCAGGUUACCAUAUACUUCAGUGACAUUGUGGGUUUCACCAUCAUUUCAGCCCUGAGCGAGCCCAUUGAGGUGGUAGGCUUGCUCAAUGACCUCUACACACUGUUCGAUGCUAUUCUGGGCAGCCAUGACGUGUAUAAGGUGGAGACCAUCGGGGACGCCUACAUGGUGGCCUCAGGGCUACCCCGUCGUAACGGGAGCCGGCAUGCAGCAGAGAUCGCCAACCUGGCCCUGGACAUCCUCAGCUCCGUGAGAGACUUCCGGAUGAGGCACGCGCCCGAAGUGCCCAUCUACAUCCGGGCUGGCCUGCACUCAGGGCCCUGUGUGGCAGGGGUUGUUGGUCUCACUAUGCCCCGGUACUGCCUCUUUGGAGAUACUGUGAACACCGCAUCCCGGAUGGAGUCCACAGGACUGCCAUACAGGAUUCACGUCAGCAGAAGCACAGUCCAGACACUGCUCAGCCUGGAGGAAGGCUAUAGAAUUGACAUCCGAGGCCAGACUGAGCUAAAGGGCAAGGGCAUAGAGGAGACCUACUGGCUGGUGGGGAAGGCAGGCUUCCCCAGGCCCCUCCCCACGCCGCUGAACAUCAAACCCGGGGAUCCCUGGCAGGACCUCAUAAAUCAAGAAAUCAAGGUGGCCUUCGCCCAAGCGCGGCACCAGAGUAUGGCCAGGCCCGGGAGCUUGGGUAAGGCCUCUGCUGGGCCCUGAGCAGGAAGACAGAGUGGGGCAGGGGCCUGUCCCAGCCCAGAAAUUCUUGUGCCUACUCACCCCCUCUUUCUACUCCAGUCCCCACAAGGAAUGCUCUUCCCCAGCAACUGGGCCGCCAGCAGGGUGCUCAUUAAGAAGUGCCCUAAAGCAAUAUGAAUUGAUGCAUUCCAGCAGGAAUCCUGUGGGUGAACUUGCUCUUGAUACAAAAACAAUAAAAAUAGAAUUAUGCCCUCCC